AUGGCUGAAGCUAAGCACACAGAUCCUGUAGUAAGAGAGGCCUAUGAGCUAUCCCAUGAUUAUAUCCACUAUGUGACAGGGAGAACCACAACACCGGCACCUUCUCCAGCGGCCUGUGCAUUACGUUUUGCAGGUGAUGAGCUUAUGGAAAAGUUUCCCAUAUUUUUCAAGCGUUGGCCUCGAGUUUUUAGAGGUGUUACAGAAGACACAGCCUGCGACCUUCUUAUUCAGACCAUAGAUGACAACAUGAGAGAGAAUUCUGGGACAGGCAAACGAGACAGACAGGAUAUCCACUUGACAUACCGUGGAGCACUGUCCUAUCUAUCUAUGUUCUAGCUGGCCAAAUGGCCAUCCACUGUCAAGAGAAUGGGAUGGAGAAGGUUCUGGAACCCUUGGCUGAAAGAGUUGGCCACUACAUGGAGGAAAAUAUUUGCCCUGUAAUUAAAGCAAAAGAUGGAUGGGUGGGUUUCACCAAACGCUUCCAGAAAAAGGAAAAUGUGGAGGGCAAAGUAUUACAGAUCUGCUUUGCUGUUCUCAUAACAUUGCUGGCUCUACUACUCACUCACUAUCUGUGGAAAAGAAAGAUGGCGUCACUUUGA